CAGGGAUUUCCAUUUUCGUUUAGAAUAUUGGUGGGAAAAAGGAAACUGCUUGUUUAUCAACUUUUUUCUUCUUUAAUGUGUGACCCGGAAUUUACCGUUUUGGUAUAUGCGUUUGGUCGGUGUAAGAAGAUAUUGGUUGAUGAAUCUGAGCAUGAAUCCGCCUGCUGAUGAUGUCGAUUUGAAACCUGAGAAACUUGAACAAGAAAAGGAGGGAGGUGCUUCAUUCCACUGUGACCUUUAUGAUGAGGAUUUAGUUCACAAAAUAGCUCAGGAGUUUCUUCCUGGUUUGGCCUCGGCAUGUGUUGACAACACAACUGGUGGCCUCUUCAGGAGCCCAGCUUCUGUGGCUGUUGAAAUAAGAAGAGAAAUGGUGGACUAUCUUGUCCAAAGAAGCGAAAAUUUUGUGGCCGAGUCUGUGGUCCUAGAGGGUGUUCCAAAUGCGGAAGUGCCUGAGGACCCUCAUGAUAUUAUCGCUAAUUUUGUUGACGACUUUGCAAGUUCAAAAAGGAACUUUUUUAGCAGAGUUUCAGGAUGGCUGCUAAGUGAUAAAAGAGAGGACAAAAUAGAUGAUUUUGUGCAAGAGAUGGAGAUUAAUGGCUUUUGGUUGUUAAAUAGGAGAGAAGCAGUGGCACAAACUCUCUUGAAGAAUGUUGAUUUCAAGAACAUCUAUCACUGCAACAUGAGCUUUAAGACUGAGGAAGAUCUAGAAGACCAUAAAUUGAAUUGCGGUUUUCGGACUAUGACCUGCAUAAAUGAGGGGUGCAGUUCUAGAUUUUGUGCAGCUCAGAGCGAUCAUCAUGAUUCAGUCUGUCCUUUCAAGAUACUUAAAUGUGAGCAGAACUGCUCAGCUAUCAUCAUGAGGCGUGAGAUGGACAGACACUGUAUAACCGUUUGUCCAAUGAAGCUUGUGAAGUGCCCCUUCCAUUCAGUGGGUUGUCAGUCGUCCAUUCCUCAGUGUACAGUCGGUCAACACAAGUCUGAGGAUCUCAGAUCUCACUUGCUCUACGUUCUACAAGUUAUUCACAAGGAUGCAGCGGUAGAAGAUCUAAAGGAAAGGGUAGACGAACUGAUCGAGUUAUCUUCUGGAAAACUAGCAGGAGCUCGUGAUGCACGAUCCUUAACCUCUGCAAUUAAGGGUCUUGAAGCAAAGCUUGGGCCUUUAAAGGUCAAAACAACUGCAAAAGGCAGCGAUGAAGUUGGAGAUUUAACUGAUAAGAAGGAUGAAAGCUCUGGGUCGCCGACCAAACAUGUGAGGUUUGAGGAGUCUCCAGUGGCAAAGAUAGAGAGUGUCAACUCACCCCCGAAGAACAGUGAUGGUAAUGACCCCAACCAGGAGAGAGAGAAAUCAGUAGAGUCACCUGCCAGUAUAAGUGUGCAACAGGAGUCAAAUCCUAAUAAUGAAAAUUCUAUUGCAUCCAUUUCUGUGCAAGGAGACUCAAAUGCAUCGCUUCCUGGAGAAGAAGGUGGCUUGGGCACAGAGAACAAUGUUGAAGUGGUGCAGGUGGGCAGAUCAUUAGAAGAAAAAGCGGACAAACCCGUUAUAGAUGAGCAUUUUACAUCAUCACCCAAAGCAGAAGAGCAAACUGGGUCAGUUGCCAAGAGCGAAGAGCAUUCUGACGCAGCUGCUGAAGUUGCCAAGAGCGAAGAGCAUGCUGACACGGCUGCUGAAGUUGCCAAGAUUGAAGAGCAUGCUGACAAAGUUGCCGAAAUUGCCAAGAGUGAAGGACAUGCUGACACAGCUGCUGAGAAUGAAGAGUCAACAAAAUCACCUAUGAGGGAAGAGUUUAAGGAAUCAUCCAAUAAUUGAGAAUUUAUGCCGAGUCACCCCUUGUCAGGAGAAGAGGAGAGUCUGGGAUUUGAUUGCAGUCGAGGAUGUUAAGGGCUGAUAUUUAGAUAUAACGUGGGUUCUGACUUCCUGACUUCCUUAAUACAAGACGGCGAAAGAUUGAUUUUUGUGUUUUGGCUGGCUUCUGUCAAUUGGAAUCUUUUAAACUGUCUUUAGCAUGCCUGAUAUUUAUGAAUUGGUUCUCUUGCUUCAUAUAUACUGCUCACUCUUGGGUAUUGAGAGUCAGAGAAAAUGCAAAUGGUAUUAUCUUAUCUGGAAAAUUUGGGUUAUAAUGUGGCCAGGUAUUGGUACCAUCAGACAUACAACACUCUAAGCAAGCAGGAGGUGACGCACGCACGUGGAGACAUGGUUGGAAUCGAUGUCCUCAAAGAUAGAAACAAAUUAAGGGGUUCAAGGAAGGUAGAUGCAUUGGUUAAAUGAGGAUGGAUGAUAGAUGCGUAGUGAAGAAAGCCCAUGAAUAUUUUGUUCCUGUUAGUUUGAUGUAUACUGAAGACUACUAGUAAUGAGCAGGCUUCUCAUUGAGAUUUGGA